CCUGGCGCACGGUCGCUGUGUGCGCUGUGAAUCUGAGGUAAAAACACUGGCAGAAUAAAGUGCUUUAUAAAUGAUUGUGAUAAAGCGGAUAUUCAGCGUUUCUCUGCUUCUGAUGUGUCUGUGUGAGCACAGAUAUGAUCCUCCUGCGUGUGUCAGGUGUCAGCAGCAGGACUGAUGGCUAGAAUAAACAGGACGUUUGUGUUGACUCUCCUCAUCGUUGCCAGCUCCAUAUUCCUCCUGUUCCAGCUCUUCAACUACAGACAGUAUUCAUCAAAGAAUGGACUUAAUGGAUUGAGUAGUAGAGGAUAUCUGUCCGGGAAAGAGGCACAUUGGCAUUUGCUAAAAAAGUUCCUGGGGCUGGUCCAUAGGUUUAAAUUGCCUGUGUUUCUGGUAGACACAGCAUCUCUGAACCUCCUUUCCCAGGAUGCAGUUCUCUACAGGGACAGUCAGCUAAAAGAGCCCCACUGCAGUUUCCUCUGCACACACAGAGAUUUCACUACCUUUGCACUGCUUGGAAACCUCUGGAAAUAUGAUGCCGCCCUAUUGGAUGCAGCAGCAGAGCGUGGACUGGAGCUUCUGGAGAUUCAUGGGAAAGACCCCAGACUGAACAGCAUGGAUGAUCUGACAGCAAAACAAAUUCCGCUGCACUUCCUUUUCCGGUUUAACAGCCGCCUGGUUCAUGUGGUCGUUCUGUACGAGCGCAGUGGGAAUUACCUCUGGCACGGCCCUCUCAGGCUAAAAGACAGUAUGGACAGGACCUUCGCACCUUUCGGAAAACUGGACUUUGGCCGUCAUGCUGGGGCCUAUGACAGGCCAGAGCUCAUUCUGACCACUCUUGAUGGGCUUGAUGUCAGAAUCCCCAAAAACUACACUCGUUUCCUCCAUGAGCAUUCCAGCAGUCGCUUUCUGGAGUGUCGCUGCAGAGAAGCCAAGGCCUUUUACCAGCUGUAUCCAGAAGACACAUCUACAGAGGCUAUGGACUUUAGGAUGAGGGCUAAAAGUAUGCUUCAUCUUGCUUCCAAAGUCCUCUCUGUGCUUGGAGUCCCGUUCUGGCUCAGCAGUGGAACCUGUCUUGGUUGGUACAGGCAGUGUAAUAUCAUUCCCUACAGUAAGGACGUUGAUCUGGGCAUUUGGAUUAAAGAUUACAGGCAGGACAUCACUCAGGCGUUUCAAAAGGCUGGUCUUCCACUGAAACACAAGUUUGGCAAGGUUGAGGACAGUUUGGAGCUCUCCUUUCAGGGAAAUGAUGUGAAACUGGACAUUUUCUUUUUUUAUGAUGAAGGUGACAUUGUCUGGAAUGGAGGCACACAGGCAAAGAGUGGCAAAAAAUUCAAAUAUGUGUUUCCACGAUUCAGUCUGUGUUGGACUGAGCUGAUGGAGCUAAAGGUCCGAGUUCCCUGUGAGACUGAGGACUAUGUGAUGGCCAACUAUGGACCCAACUGGAACGUUCCUGUGAAGACCUGGGACUGGAAGACCUCUCCGUUCAAUGUGCAGGAAAAUGGCAUCUGGCCUGUGAGGGAAUGGGACGAUGUCAUCCAAGUGUACUAAAGCAAUAAGGGAGUUACAUAAUUUAGUUACACUCCCGUUGAUAUGGCUCAUUGGAGUUACAAACCACUCUACACUACUGAAAAUUCAAAAGUAAGCUCCUUUAGAAAUGUUUCAGUGUUCCUUAAAAGUUUGCAGAUCAAGAAAUUUGUUUUUAUUCUUAAUGUAAAUGCUCCAUCCUGUAAAGAGGGUAGUUUUAGUUUUUAUUUGAGAAUAUGUAAAUAAACUGCUGCUGGGCUUCGUUCUGUGUACUGAUAUGUAUGUUUGUUUUGUUUUUAUUAAAUAAUAAACUCUUGU